AUGCCAAGCACCCGGACCCGGUGCCUUGUCGGGCACGUUCCCCAUCCUGGCUAUUACCUGCCACAUUCCAGUGGUGAUAAUGGGAAUGUAGAUUUCGAUAAUGAAAUGAGUUUUGAGGACUUGCAGUGGUUCACAUCGCUGCUGUACUCCUCCCCCUCCUCUGUGCCUGAGGCCCAAGCGAGCGUCAGAUGUCCCCCACGAGUCAGAAUGUGGUCCUGUCAGCACCUUGAUUUGCGGAGUAAGCGACUGAUUCGAGUUUUGAAUGCGUUCAUAGCACACUCAUUGGUGGUUGGUAGCGUCAAUGGCAACCCGGGGGGUUCUGUGUGUUCAACUUCUAUCGGCCUGCUGGUGGCUCGAAGGCUCCUGUCCAAACUGCCCCUUCCAUUGUCCCAGUGCCUCGGGACUUUGGGGAAUUCAGUGAUGGAAGGCUUGAUAGUGGAAGAUUCAGGUGUCGUGGAGUUCCAUGAGUUGAAGAAGAAGAAGAAGAAGGAGGAGGAGGAGGAGAGGGAGAAAUGGGACCAGGUGUUACAAUGGCAAAUCCUAGAAGGAUACCACUUUGAAUCUCCGACUGAUGAACUUUGCGGUUCCUGA